GGAGGAAAGACUAUUUUGCUUCUGAUUGCAGGAGUACUUGGGGCAUAUUAUGUUUAUACUCCUCUCCCAGAUAAUAUUGAGGAACCCUGGCGACUGGUGUGGAUAGGUAUACCUGUGAAAAUGAUAACAAAUUUGAACACAGACGCCACUACAAGGAGGUCAAUAGGAAUCAAUUCAGUCUUUAAAAUCGAGGAGUGAAGAGUAGUCAUCAAUAAUUCCAGCUGCCUGCAUUACUGAAGUGGCAGUUCUUAGGAGGACAAUCAGAAGUAUUAAGAGCCACAUAUUUGCCAGUGUCUAUAUGAAUGCCCACAGUACUGCAAAACGAAAAAAUAAUGACUUUUCCUUCUUUUCUACCCAGCUUUGUUAGUUGAAUUCUUGGGAAUCGAUCAUUUUGUAAACACUGCAAUGUUCUUCAUGAGCUUUCAAGAAGUCCCACCUACAUCUGAUGAAAAUGUUACUGUGAUGGAGACGACUUUUAAUGAUGUUCCUGUCCGUGUGUACGUGCCAACACGAAAGUCGGAGAUACUAAGAAGAGGCUUAUUUUAUGUUCAUGGUGGUGGUUGGUGCAUGGGGGAUGCUGCUUUGUUUAACUAUGACUUUCUGUCAAGGCGAACAGCUGAUAGACUUGAUGCUGUUGUUGUAUCAACCAACUACAGACUAGCACCUAAAUAUCACUUUCCAAAUCAAUUUGAAGAUGUAUAUAAUGCACUAAGAUGGUUGUUACGCCAAGAGAUUCUUGAAAAAUACGGUAUAGAUCCUAAAAGAAUUGGCAUUUCUGGAGACAGUGCUGGUGGAAAUUUAGCUGCAGCGGUGACUCAACAGCUCAUAGAUGACCCAGAUAUCAAGAUCAAACUCAAGCUUCAGUCUUUAAUAUAUCCUGCCCUUCAGACUCUUGACAUGGAUUUACCAUCGUAUCGGGAAAAUCGAGACUCUCUAGUCCUGUCCAAACCACUCAUGGUCAGGUUGUGGAGUGAAUACUUUACCACAGACAGAUCACUUGAAAAAACCAUGUUCUUUAAUCAACAUGUACCAAUGGAAUCAAGCCAUCUGUUGAAAUUUGUUAAUUGGAGUUCCUUGCUCACUGAGAAGUUUAAGAAAGGCCACUCUUAUUACAGUCCAAAUCAUGGUAGUUCUGAGCUGGCUAAAAAAUAUCCAGGGUUCCUAGAUGUGAGGGCAGCCCCUUUGUUGGCUGAUGACAACAAGUUGCGUGAUUUGCCCUUGACCUACAUCAUCACCUGUCAAUAUGACAUCUUAAGAGAUGAUGGACUCAUGUAUGUCACCCGACUACGGAACGCUGGAGUUCAAGUGACCCAUAACCACAUUGAGGAUGGAUUCCAUGGAGCUCUUUCCUAUAAUGGGCUUAAAAUUGGGUAUAGAAUAGAAAAUCAGUAUAUGAAUUGGCUAAGUAAAAAUCUAUAAUAAAAAUCUAAGCAAUGGUUUAUUUAAAAUGUAGAAGGCUCAGAACAGGAAGCAAAUUAGUGAAAAUCAAAGGUUGAUGUUUGAAUUGAUCUUUAUCAUCUGUGACCUUCUAAGGUCCUCAUAGCCAUAGUGGGUUUUGUUUUUGUUUUUAUUUUUUUGACUGCUAGCAAAUUCUUCUCCACUUUAUUUACUUUUCUAAGUGUUAUUCACUCACUUCGCAUUUUCUUCGGCUACCAUGACUCAAUUGUUAAAUCCCUAUUUACAGUUCUAGUUUUUUGAUUGGCUAAAAAUAUUACUGAAGAGAAGAAAGUUUUAAACAAACACAUGUGGUUUGUAAAAUGCCAGAGUUUUAGUCAGCAUGAAUUUAGAGACUUGACGUGCUGCCCUGUGAGAACUAAUAGGAAAUAUGUGCCAUCUCUUUUAAAAAGCAUUUGCCUCAAUAUAAUACUGUUUGCCUAUUAUUGUAAAAUUCAAUUCUUAAUACAGACCUCUUCCUGUACUAAGUUAACAACAUUAAUGCAAAUGAUCUUUUAGGUACUUUAGGGAAAGCCAGCUCUAAUUUUGUGAGAAAUUAAGAAGGUUGAAGUAGGUACGAAGCCAGCAUAAGGCAGUAGCUCCACAUGUGGCAGUGACUUAUAGUGGUGAGCAAAGCUUAGGACAUAGAAGAAAUGAUACAACCAAAUUAAAAAACUUCUAUCGCUAAAAGUUCUUAAGUCCUAUAGGCACUGUUUGGGGGGAAAGACCACGAACAACAAGCCGUAGCGAUCAUAUGGUAAUAAGGUUUGAUCGCUUUGGAAGUGCAUUGGGGAAGACAGCCGAGGGCCAGCAUGGAGUUUCCUCACAGACACUGGACACCAAAGUUUCUUUUCUUUCUUAAAAAUUAUUUAUUUAUUUUAUUUUAAUUUUUUAAAAGAUAAGGUUUCACCAUAUUGCUCAGGCUGGUCUUGAAGUCCUGACCUCAGGUGAUCUGCCCGCCUCAGUCUCCCAAAGUGCUGGGAUUCCCAGCACUUUUUUAUUUUACUUAUUUUAUUUUUUAAAUUUUUAUUGGAAGCCAAAGUUUCUUUAUUUUACUGCUCAGCUGUUGACAGCCAGAAAUCGCUGGUGGGGACAAUGGGGAAAAUCAUACACUUUCGUUUUUGUUUGUUUUAUCAGGAAAAACAAUAGCAUUCCUGGAAGCCCCACUCAUAAAUAUACGUAUACAUAUGUAUAUACAUUCCUAUAUGUCAUUUUACAGAAUUAUAUUUCAUGUCAUGAGCCUUAGCUGUUAAAGCUGCCUGAGAAGUCAUAUUUUUUAAUCUGAGCACAUCAUUCUGAAUAAAGCUUAUAUUCAGUAAAAUCAUGUCAGUGGUAGAUAGGCAAUAAGAAGUAGGCCACAAAUUCUUUAGGGUAAGUGAUUAAAAUUACGUGUGAAUAACACAUAGAAAUAUUUGGAGUCAUAUAAUGCAUGGAAUGGAUGUAUAGAUGAGUUACAGUUCCCAAUGGGGCAUCAUUGUAAUAUUUGUGUACUCAAUUACUCGCAGAAGGCCUUUCUCUAAUUUUUUACUUAGAUCUCUAUGCCCUAUUCCUUUACCUCCCUCAAACCAGGUGCCCACAAAUCAAAAUAAUCUGUUUCAUGAUGUAAGGAGUAGGAGUCUUAAUUUGGAGUAGGAGGACACAUUUAAAUAUAGACAUAAAGUUUUAAUUAAAAACCUUAUUAAAGCAACAUAAACAAUAAUAAUGAAAUGAAUUGGUAUUAAUUAUACCACGUUUUUCCAGGACUCCUGCCCAAAGGAAGAGGUAAUAGAGUGAGGGAAUGAUAGCAACAGCAACAAAACAUCUUUUAUUAUUUACUGACAGAUUCAAUGUCUGGUUCAAAUCUCCACCUAGGUCCUUACCUUUGGUUUUCUCAAAGUAAAAUGUGAUAAAUAACUAUGGGUGUCCCCUACCUUACCAACUGGCUUCUUUUGUCCUAAGUCACCAGGACUGGUUCUUUCUAAUUGUUUUUUAUCCUUCUCUACAUUAGUCAUUAGUCUCAAGUCACUCUCAUCUCCCAAAUUCUAAUCCAUACAAGUCAUUCCCUGUACCUUUUUCUGUCUUUCUCGUAGUCCCUUCCUGAUUCCUACAAAUUCCACUGUGCUGGCUGGAGCUCACGAUUCAUUAUGAGUGACAUCCUCAAACUUUUGUCAGUGUUCUCUCUCAACUUUCAGCUGAGCUCCAGUACUUAAUUUAGGAUCAGGCUUCUUCUAUUUUUUUUUCUUCCAUAUUAUUCAUACUACAGGAGCUUAACAUGAAGUAGAUGUCUUCCUUCCUCAUUGUUGCUCUCAGACUGUUCCAUUUCUCUAAAGCCUUCUGAAUUAUUGUAGCAGGCUAGAUCACCAGUCUCCCUUCCAUUUUGUAGUCAUCUUCUUACCUCUGAGUCACUGGCUCUCAUGUCUCAAACAUUUUACCUUUAACUUCAUUGUCACUCUAAUAAUCAGAUCCAUUAUUAUUGUCACUUCAAUAUCCAAAAUGUAAUAUCUCCAAUAUUAUAGUUGAGAACCUCAAAAUCUAUAUAGAUAAUAUAGCCAGCAAGGCAGACUCUGAUUUUUAUGACUUAUUCUUCCCCAAUGGUCUGUCCUCUAUUCUUCUAUUCUGCACAAACCAUUUGUCCGUAUAAUCAUGCCUUUGACCUUGUUACUAACAAAAACUACACCCUCUCUAUAAUCUCAGCAUUAAAUAGACUACUGUCAGAUUAUAACUGCUGUAUUUGUAAGUUGCUCCCACUAAUACUUCAAUAGCCACAGUACUUAAGAAUUUUACCGGGAUUUCGUAUUUCUUCACUAUGCUCAUGUAUUUUUUUCUUUUUUUCAUUACUCAGAUUAAGUUGUAUAGUCAGUCAUUAUCACUUCAUUACAUAUAUACUCCCAGGUUUUCUCUCUCUCCUUCCUCCAUAACCCUUUAUCCUUUACAGAUGAGCAUGAUAGAAUAAAAUAAUAAUGUGUCAAUGUUCUCAUUGACACAUGCAGGCUUCCAGUGUGCCCUUAAUGCUGCCCAUCAAUUACAUUAUUUUCCCCAAGUCAAUCUCUCCUAUUAUUAUAUUUAAAUUGUGCUCUCAUGUAAGGCCAAAUUCUCUUAAGUGUAUGCUAUAUUUCAUCCUCUUUUGCUUUCUCAAGAACAAUAUUCUAGAAAUUAUCUACUUUUUCUUCUGCUUUAUUGCUGUCUGAUGGAUCAUUUCCACCAGAAUACAAAUAUGAUAAAAUUUCACUUUCUUUAAAAAAACUCUUAUGACUCUAUUUGCCCUUCCAGUUUCCACCACAUUUCUCUAUUUUCCUUUAUAGCAAAACAAAAAAGAAAAAUUGGGUAGAACGGUCUAUAUUUGCUGCCUCCAUAUACUUUCUUCCAAAUCUUUCUUAUUUAUCUUCUCCAAUCAACCUUUCAUCCAAACUUGCUCUAACCACCAAAAUCCUUGUCAAUGUUAAUGAUGUAGCAGACUAGAUCACCAAUCUCCCUUCCGUUUUGCAGUUUUCUGCUUACCUGUGAGUCACUGACUCUCAUGUCACUAUCGUUUUCUGAUCUACUCUGAGUAGAGUGCUUCUGAUCUUGGAACUCAGGUCUCUUCUCUAUCUGCAGUUUAUUCUCUGAGAUGCCAUUCAGUCUCAUGGCUUUAAAUGACCUGGAAGGCAACCCUCCCCUCCAGGUCACAUCUUCAGUCUGGAACUUCUCAAAUCCAGAUUAGUUAUAUAUCCAAUGUCCUACUUGGCAAGUUCACUUGGAUUUAAAUAAAAAUCCCAAACAAAUUUUUGAUCUCCCUCAAAUAACCUCUGAUCUUUGUCUUUCUCAUUUCAAUAAAUAGCUAUUGCAUAUUUCAGUUGUUCUAAACAAAAGAAAAAGGAGCAAAAAAUUAGCUAUUUUUAAUUUUAUUUUUAUUCUUUCUGUCACGUGUAUCAUUAUAAAAUCCUCUUAGCCAAAAUAUGUUCUAUAUUCAACCUCUUUUUUCUUCUAAACUCGAUUGCAAAUAACCUCUAAUCUGCUGCCAAUUUUUGCUUAGAAUAUUCCAAUAGCAUUCUAACUGAUAUCCCCCCUUCCAUCCUGUACCCUUAGAGUCAAUUGCAACAUGUCAGACAAUGAUCUUUUUUAAAUGGAAGUCAAAUGAUGUCACACUCCUCUGUUCAGGAUCCUCCAGUGGCUUCUCAGUUCGGUCAGACUGAAAGCUCUCUAACUCCUCCUUCUUACCUCCUGUGUGUUAUUUGAACAUCUCUGGAAUGCUCCAACCUUAUUGAAACUUUCCAGUUGAUAUCACUGUGUCUUCCAUGUUCCUUCCUGAGAUACCCAUGUGGCUCACUCCUUUAUCUCCUCAAAUAUGACCUUGUGAAUGCCAUAGCAGCCAAUAAACAUCAUAAAACAGACAUAUUGGUAAUAAACCUCAGGUGAAGGUAAAAGAGAAUUAUAAGAAAUAUUCAAUUCAAAAUUGGCUUAAAAAGAGGAAAAUGAUAUGGGAGACAUAGAAACCAAAUAGUAAUAUUUAAGCCAAACCUUAUCAAUGAUUACAAAAACUGCAAAUAGAGCAUCAAAUGAAAAAUCAAAGAUGAUCAAAUUGCAUUAAAAUGGAAGUUCCGACUGUUUUAGUAUAGCAAAAAUUCUUGUAAAAAUUAAAAAUGUAAAUAUGCAAGCAAAAUGAUUGAAUAAGUCAUACUACGCAUUUUCUAUUCAUAAAAAGUCUGGAUUAGCUAUAGUCAUAUCAGACAAAGUAACUUUCAGAACAAAACAAAAUUAUGGAAAAAGCGAGGCAUUUCUAAGAUACAGUGGUCAAUUCAUCAGGAAGACAAAAUGAUCUUAAAUGCGUGUACACCCAGUAGCAGGGAUUCAAAGUGAAGGAAGCAAAAAAUUACUAAACCAAAGAAAGAAUUGACAAACCCAUAGUUAUGGCUGAAGAUUUCAAAACUCUUCUCUUAGCAAUUUACAGAAAAAAUAGAGAAUAAAUUUACAGGAACAUAAAAGUCCUGAAUAAUAUAAUCAUAUAACUUAACCUAAAUAUAGAAUGCAUAUUGCCUAUCUCUUAAUAAGUUGCUCUAGGUAUUAUUAUUUUUAAUAGAUUUGUCUUCUGGGCCUCAUACUAGAGUUGUGAGUGGACUGCCCACCACAACUACAGUAUUAGAGUGUUCUGGGUUUGUUCAUGUACUUAAUUUUACCAGUGGGUUUUAUACCUUUAAAUAUUUUCUUUGUUCAUGUUAGUGUUUAUAUUUCAUAUAAAAACAGAAGAAAAACUAGGAAAUACUUACCAAAGUUCUCUUCUUCCUUUUCCAAUUUCCCACCUUGUCUCAAAAGGUUUCCACUUCCUCCCCUUUGCCAUCUCCUUCCCUGGUUUCCAUCUCCUCCCCUAGUUACCACCCACAAUGAGCUAGCUGUGAGCACCUUUUAUUAAUUAUCUUCACUAAGUUUUACAAUUUAGCACUCAGACUCUUGUACAAGAUUUUCAUGCUUUGGGUUCACUUUCUCUUUCUGGGAGCAUGAUUUUAGCUCAGUCUUAGAUCCUUCAUUUCUCUUUCUUUUCUGUGUAAUUUUCCCAGACAAUUCUCCCCCAAAUCUUAUUCUCUAUACAGUUUCAAGGCAAGAACUUGAGAAAUAACUCUGUUGAACGUUGCUGUUUACAUUUCUACUUAGAGGUUAUUUGAAAUUUAUGGCUUUGUAGCUUUAUUUGUUCUUGUUGAACAGUUUUGUUGGAGGAUGUCUCUUGAGAAUUUAAUUUAUGUGGUCAUCAUUAUGCUUGAGCACUUGGAAGAUAAACAAUUGAAAAUUAAAACAAAAAAGAUGGGUUUAAAAACAUAUCAAACUUAGCUGAAGUGAAUAUUAGUGAACUAGAAGAUAGCUAUCAAGAAGUAGAUUACCUCAGAAAGAGAGAGAGAUAAAGAUAUAAAAGAUUUUGAAGAAUAAAUAUAUGGAGAAUAAAGGUAAUGAGUACUAGGUAAUUAUUUGUAGCCUUGACAUACUAGGUGGCAUAUCAUUAGGAUAUAUUUAAAUUUAUUUUUCCAUAGCUGUUAGUACAUAAGUCCUCAAUUUUUCUGUUAAGCCAUUGCUGUUUUGUUGUUAACAGGUAGAAAUGUUGUGUAUAGUAAAGAAACCAAUCCCUUGU